GGACCAUGGUGACUGCACAAUUGCGCCUCGACAAAGCACAGCAAACAUGGAGUCGAUUUCGCGUAUCUCGGGCAUGCUGGAGACAGCACGCGACCUCACACUCGAGGCGGCUCGAGAUGCAGGAGCCGGACGGAGGUCGAUCAAGCAGAUGCCUCCAGCACAAAUAAAGAAGUUGCUGGACAGCAGGAACGAACGAGAGGUGCUCGAGGGCUUGCGUCGCGUCAUCGAGAUGCAAUACACGGCUCCCCUGUCGCAAACACUUCCCUUCUUCCCCUCGGUCCUCAAGACUCUGUCCCAUCCGACUUCGUCGACACGCCCGCUCGUCUACUCGUACCUUCUUCACCAUGCCGAGGCCGACCCGGAUACCGCUUUGUUGUCAAUCAACACCAUUCAAAAGUCGCUGUCCGACACGAGUCCCAGAGUCCGCGCCAUGGCUCUAAAGACCAUGGCUGGUGUUCGUAUCCCGCUCAUCAGCCAGAUUGUCUCGCUCGCCAUCAAGAAGGGGACAGCCGACAUGAGUCCCAUUGUUCGCAAGGCCGCCGCUUUCGCAUGCGUCAAGUGUGUCAAGCUGGAUCCCUCGACUCUUCCUCAGCUCACCGACUACCUCGAUACCCUCCUCGGCGACAAACAGUACUUUGUGGCUGGUGCCGCAGUUGCUGCUUUCACUCAGAUCUGUCCGGAGCGUCUGGACUUGAUACACCCCCACUACCGAAGCCUGGUCAAGAAGCUGGUCGACAUGGACGAAUGGGGGCAGGUCUCUACCUUGCACUUGAUGACUGUAUAUGCAAGAAGCUGCUUCCCAAGAAGGACCCGUCGUGUCCGCAAAGCAAACACCCAAGCCGAAAAGCAAAAGGGCUUCUACGACGAUGACGAUGCUGACGAACAAGAGAUCGAGUACGAGGACCUGGAAGUGCUGGACCCCGAUCUCGAUCUGCUUCUCACCGCUGCCUUACCACUCUUACAAUCUCGUACCUCGGCCGUCGUCGUUGCAGUGACAAGAGCCUAUCUUUAUCUUGCUCCCAAUCACUACUUGCACCACGCAAUUGGACCCCUGACGGCGCUUCUUCGCGGCCCUCCCGACAUCAACCAGAUUGGCCUCCACAAUAUCGUUCAGAUCUGUCUUCUCUACCCGCAGCACUUUGUACCUCACUUCAGACACUUCCUCCUCCGAUCUGGCGAAGGCGAGCAGACGUGGCGCCUCAAGCUCGAAGUUCUAACUCUUGUUUUCCCUCACUGCGCCACUGAUGUGCAAGGUCUCAUCCUCACCGAACUGGAGCACUUCUCUCAAGGACACGACCCUGCUCUCGUUCGUGAGUCGGUACGAGCCAUCGGUCGUUGUGCCCACAACUCGGACGCCACUACUGGCUCGCGCUGUUUGCGCCUACUACUCCGUCAGGUCCACAGCCCUGAUCAACAUCUCGUGGCCGAGGCUUUAGAAGUUAUCCGUCACAUGAUUCAGCGCGAUCCGCUCUCGCAUACUAAAACUGUUAUUCGUUUAGCCAAGAACCUUGACACAUUGACCAGCCCGGCUGCACGAGCAAGUAUCGUGUGGUUAGUUGGCGAGUUUGCCGGUUAUUCUCCCGAUCAGAGCAUCGCACCGGACGUCUUGCGCAUUCUUGUACGUGGAUAUCCUGACGAGCACGAUCUUGUCAGACAGCAGAUUGUGCUCCUGGCGGCGAAGGUAUACCUGCAUUGGUUGAACGCCGAAAAUGCAAACAAGAAGAAGGAUGGCCCGCCUGCCCUGGAACGUCAAUCCAGCUCAACCAUUCUCGCCCCUGAUGAGGAAGAAGACGGCGCAGGCUUCAGAGACGAAUCGUACAACGACGAGAAGACAUCAAAUCUCGACUCAAAAGAAGACAAGUCACAUCCGAUAUCGCUGUUGUAUCACCACACCCUCCUUCUCGCUCGAUACACGCCAUCCUACGACCUCCGCGAUCGCGCUCGCAUGUUCCGUGCUCUACUCGCCGUACCUUCAAGCACCGAACUAGCAUCUCUCCUCCUCCUUGCACCAAAACCCGUCCCUCAAGCCCCCAGCCCCAGCGAAAGUCGCAAGAACUACGUCCUCGGCAGUGCAAGUCUAGUCAUCGGAGAAGAAAGUGGUGUCAAUGGGCUCAAUGGCUACACAUCUCUCCCUGACUGGGUUAAAGAAGGAGAAGAACCAGAUGCCAAGCUCAGAAACGAUGAGGUAGAAGCUAGAACUGAAUACAGAUCUGGUGGGUCGAGUGUACCUGCAGGGAGAAUGUUGGAUGAUGCCCUCAAAGGCUCUGCGCCUGUUGUUUACAAGUCAAAGUCAAAGUCAGGGGCUCCGGCAAAGGAAAAGACAUUGGAUGAUUGGUUGGAUGAGGAGGAGGAUGAUUCUGAGGAAGACACUGAAGACUCCGAGGAAGACUCCGAGGAAGAAACGGAUGAAGAAGAGGAAGAAACAGAUGAGGAGGACGACGAUGACGACGAGCAGAGUUCAUCAGAAGAAGAGGAAAGUGAUAGUGAUGAUGGAAACGAGCAAAGAAGGCUUGUUGGAUAAGACGCGAGCGAAGCAUAAAGAAAAGAUACCCCACUCGUAAAUAUAUGCAUGAAAUAUUUGGCCAUUGGCCUUUUUUGCCACAUCACUACAGUCG